AUGAUUGCAAUUGAAAAACGAUGGUACGACGUAGCUCUUGAAAAGUUGGAUGCAUAUUUCAAGCCACGUCGCCAGGAUGUCCUUGAGCGCCAUAAGUUGAAAAACAUGAAGCAAGGGGCUCAAGAAAGUUUUUCGCAUUAUGUUUUGCGUUUGCGACAACAGCUGGGGGAUUGCGGAUUGGAGAAGUACCCGAAAGAAGUCUGGAUAAUUUUGGAGGAAAUAAUGUUAAUCGAUGUUAUCGUGGAGGGGUGUAACUUGCCGGAACUGCGACGAAAAAUUUUCGAGAAAGAUCAGUCGUUAUCCGGUAUUGAAGCCUUGGGAGCUUCUUUGGAGAGUGUUCGUUUUCAAGAAAAAGAGCUGAAAUACGGAGGUAACAGUGAUGGAGGUGGACAGUCGGAAGUCUGCAAAAUAAAGACUUGGAAUUCGAAGAGCGAACGCAAACAAGAGAAGAUCAUGAAGCGCAUUGCACCUAGAAAGACGAAAAACACUAACAACAGAGAUGAGAUUAUUUGCUACGGUUGCGGACAGCAAGGUCAUAUUUCGAAAGCACCAUCAUGCCCAGCGAGAGAUCAGCAGUGUCACAUAUGCCGAAAGAUUGGGCAUUUUGAGAAAGUCGCUCAGUUUGAGGGACGCUGA